CACUGCGUUAAGUCUUAUGACUGACUCGUGGAUGUGACAUUUUCAGUAUUUACUGGAAAUCACAAAUCAGGUUUACACAUGAAACAGAUCUAUUAACAGAUAUUAUUUACCUGUGACUGGAUACGCACUCUUCAUUUCACACUCUUUACACCUUCAUCUAUUCUGAAUUCACUUAAGAGAUGAGUGCGGGUGCUAAUAGGAAGGCGAGUACAGCAGCAACACGUCGUCUGAAGCAGGACUACCUCAGGAUUAGAAAAGACCCAGUGCCUUACAUCUGUGCAGAACCUCUGCCCUCCAACAUACUGGAAUGGCAUUUUGUUGUUCGUGGACCUGAGAAAACCCCUUAUGAGGGUGGCUACUAUCAUGGUAAAUUGAUAUUUCCUCAAGACUUUCCUUUUAAACCACCCAGUAUUUAUAUGAUAACCCCUAACGGGAGAUUCACGUGUAACACACGGCUGUGUCUGUCCAUCAGUGAUUUCCAUCCUGACACGUGGAAUCCGGCCUGGUCCGUCUCUACAAUACUCACCGCACUGCUGAGCUUCAUGGUGGAAAACAUUCCCACACUGGGAAGCAUAAAGACGUCUGACUUCACCAAACGACAGCUGUCUGCACAGAGUUUGGCCUACAACCUGCAGGACAGAGUUUUCUGUGAGCUGUUUCCUGAGCUUGUGGAGGAGAUCAGAGUGAAGCAACUGACUCAGGAACACCUAAGUGUGCAAAUACAUCCUCAUUGUUUUCCAGAUGUGAAGCUUAGAGAUGAAGACUUUGGCGUUCAUAACGAUCACGUGGCCCGACGACCCCCGGCGCGUCACCAGCCGAAGACAAACCUCAGCGGUGGACUUACAAAACUGUGUGUUAUAGCUGGUUUGGUUGUGUGUGUCUACACAGUCAAGUUGGUGCUACAUCAUAUAGGCCAGGACUGAAAUCAGACUAGACUGAUGUGACUUAAAAGCUCUUUCUCAGGCGUCACUCUUUCUUUUAACCAAAGUGAACUUCUCUUCAGAACACUGUCUUAAAAAAAGCUUGACUCAACCUUGUGAACCUUGUGGUAAUGCAAUGAUAAAGCAUGGUUUUCCUUUGAGUGAAAUGAAACACAGCAGUGUCUUCUCUCCCAUGACACGGAGGAAAAGAAAAGCAGCUUUCAUGUUCUUGAUUAAGUGGCCACUACAGAAGAAUUAAGCGUCAGCAGCGUUUCUGUUUAGCGCCUCAUUAUCUGCGUUACAGUUCCUUGUCAUUAUGUUGGUUUGUCCUUCGGGUCCUUGCACUUUCAUAACAGUCAUGCUAUGCCAAAUUCUGCUUUCAAAAUCAUUUCCCAACACUGAUGGUUUGGUUAACGGGAAAGGAUUUUUUUUGUACAUUGUUCAUAUUUCCCUGUAAGUUCUUAAGACAUAAAAGUAUGUGAUUGCAAAAUUAGUGGCAGUAUUUUUCUUUCCUAAUUUAUACUGGUGAAUGAACAUGAAAUUUGAUCAUUUUGAUUUUUUUUUUUUUUCUGCAGAAUUGGAUAAUACUUUUGUAAAAAGUAAGUUUUAAUAAGUGUAUGAUUGCAUUAUUAUCUGUAUUUAUAUUUUGUGUUUUACAAGAAUAUUAUUUUGCUGUUUCUUUUUUGCUGGAUCAUUGUUUCUGCCUGCAAAAAACAUAUUUAACAUUCUUUCUUUGCGAUUCUGCAGGUUGUAACUUAGUAGAUCUGACCCAAGGCUGUUUGAAUCUGAAUCAAAAGAAAGCAAAAUAUUAAACUUCAUUUUGAAAUGAACAUAUGUGAGUUGUAUAAGCAUUCA